AUGAAUUUUUCCAGCAUUUUCAAAUCUAUUUCGAAUUUCCAGUUCCCAUACACCAUAGAGGAAACUGCAAUCACUGAAACCGCCCUUUGGCAAUGUUUCGAUGGUACAAGGAAGGCAGAUUCCUUGCCAGUAACAGUUUUUAAGGCAAAAAGAUCUCCAGAAAAUGAAUCUUUAAUUUUAAAUGCUGUACACAAGAGCAAAAUUUUGAAGAUUCCAGGACUUUGUACGGUGCUGGAGACAUUUGAUUCCGACCCCCAAUCCACAUUUAUUGUUACCGAACGAGUAGUUCCAUUUCCUUGGGAUAAUCUAGGCUCUUUAUCUCAAAACAAAUUUGGUGUUGAAUUAGGAAUAUCACAAUUAUUGGCAACUUUAGGAUUUUUAAAAAACUUUGUCCUUGGUACGCUUUCUAAAGAUUCUGUUUUUAUCAAUAUUAAGGGAGAGUGGGUACUAUUUGGGCUAGAACUUUGUUCAAGCAAAGAAGGAUUAAGUGCGUUUGAAUUUGCCAGUAGAGCGAGGUCAUAUUACAACAUAAUUGGCUCACAGUUGCCCUGUGAAGAUCCGAAUACAAUUGAUUCAAUGGGGUUAGGAUUGUUGAUAAAGAGCCUUAUGGCUCCUUCUUGUCUGCCCAAAGAUUGGAUUGUCAAUGUAAAUAUGAUUUCAGAUGGAAAGAUAACAAUCGAAAACUUCAGAAAAAGGCUAGAAAAUACAGAAACUUGGCGUUCUAAUCCUUUGAUAAACUUUUAUCAAGAAUUGAGGGAGUUGCAUAUAAAGGACCCACAGGGAAAAUUGGUUGUGAUGUCAAACUUGGAAAAUUUGUAUUUAGAGUCAAGAGAGAUUUUCCGUAAUUUAACGCCUGGAAUGAUAGAAAAUUUUAUUAUUCCAGAGCUUUGUGAAAUUAUAAAAUUAUUAAUGACACAAAGCAUCAGUAGUGCUGCCAGCCCUAUAGGCAUGAACUUCAACGCAUCACAUAAACUAGUACCAUUCUUAGCGAUUGUUUUAGACCUAACUUCUGAAACGAACACCUUUCCAGUUGGUUUCAACGACCUUAUCACCCAAAGUUUUAAACUGCCAGAUAGGCAAGUAAGAUUUCUUUUACUAAUAUACCUACCCAAAUUAAUAGGUCCAUUGAGCAAAUCAGAGAUCUCCAGUAGGAUAUAUCCACAUUUUAUCCAAGGUCUGACCGACUCUGAUGCCACUCUUAGAUUACAAACACUGAAGACAAUUCCAUGCAUUGUGUCAUGUUUAACAGAGAGACAACUGAAUAAUGAGCUACUGAGGUUUCUCGCAAAAACACAGGUUGAUUCUGACGUUGAAAUCCGAACAUGGACAGUCAUCAUAAUAAGUAAAAUCUCAACCAUAUUAUCAACGUCAGUUGGUAAUCGCUCGAAUAUUUUAGCUACGGCGUUCACAAAAUCUUUGAAAGAUCCUCAAGUAAAACCAAGAUUGGCUGCUCUUUAUGGGCUUGAGAAGUCGAUUGAGCUGUUUGAUGUGAACACAAUCGCCAACAAAAUUUUAACAGUCAUUGCCCCUGGUUUAUUAGAUAAAAGUCCCAUAGUAAGAGGCAGAGCCAAAAUCCUGUUCGAAGAAUAUCUGGAAAAAUUGGAAAAAGAAGCCCAACUUAUUCAAACAAACGAUAGUACUGCAGAUUCGGAAGAUGUGAAAGAUAUUGAUUUUGAGAAUUACGGUUGUGAUGAAGAGGAUAUGAAUAAAGAAGACAAUUUGUUAGCCGCACAAUUUUUAAAUAAUUUACGUUUAAAUUCUCCCUCAGCAACAACACCAAGUAACAUUACCGAGAGCGAAAUUGAUUCCGCCCAGGAUGGAAGUGGAUGGGACGACCUCAGCGAUACCGAUGGCUUUAUUACAAAUGGUACCACAGAAUCCUUCGAUGAAACAACAAACCCUGUAACAACCGCAAGCACCCCAAAAUUAUUCGGAAAACCUAUUAAAAUUAAUAAAAGUUGGAAUGAUGAGUUGAAUGAUGAUGGCUGGAUUCAAGAUGAAAGCGGCCCAUCAAAGGUGCCUCAAAAACACACAAGGCCACAAAAUUCAACGUUGGCAAAAUCCAUCGCUCCUAGCUCAAGGCUUUCUAUCAAGAAGAAGAAAACAACGAUCCUAGCACCAAGAAACAUUGCUAGUAACUCUACUGUUACCACCAAAUCGUCACUGUCCAAUAAAACUGCAAGAAGUAAGCCUAUAAGUAGUAUCCGCGGCUCGGUAACCAAGAAAGGAAAUGUUGACGGCUGGGAUGAUGAUGGGGAUUCAGACUCCUGGGAUACGAAUUGGUGA